GUCCACACUUUGGCGCUCGCCUUAAAAACCAAGCCGUACGCAUCCAGAAAAGCUCUCUUGCACCGCGUCGCUGACGCCGUCGAUCCAUUCACUUGUCUGCAAGACCAGCUUGCACGUCCACAGCGCUCCUGGCUCAAAACCAGGCACAGCUCGAGUUUUGCACUGCCACAAUCAAACACACGCAAAAUGACCACACGCCGCGCCCUCGACGGCAAGGUCUAUUUUUCGUACGAGGACAUCCACGACGCCGUCAGUUCGUCCGUAGCGCGCGUUAAAGCGUUUAAACCCGACGUCAUCGUCGCGAUCGGCGGCGGCGGCUUCAUCCCGGCGCGCAUGCUGCGGACGGAGGUGAAGGUGCCCAUCGUCGCUGUUGGUUUAGAGCUCUACGACGACAAUACGAACACGAUCAACGAGAAUGGCGUUCAAAUAAAACAGUGGUUCUCGACGGACUACGGCCCGGGGGCUCUGGUGGAAAAUGGUAGGGUUUUAAUUGUUGAUGAAGUCGACGACACGCGGACGACGUUAGCCGCGUGUGUGAGCGAGUUGCGGAAAAGGCACAAGCCUUCACAAGUAGGGUGUCUCGUCGUCCACAACAAGCUCAAGGCGAAAAGAGCCUCAUUGCCAAGUGACGUCACCUACAUCGCGUGCGAAGAGGUCCCGGACGAGUGGAAUUGUUAUCCGUGGGACGCGGCGGCCUACGGGCUGACGGCGCGCGCUCAUACAAAGCGCGCCUGCGCGUGCCGCGGCGGCGCGCCGGUCGUCGUUAUUGCCGCAGCGGUCGGGGCGCUUGCCGCGCUGCUGCGGCGAUGACGAUACGGCUGCGACGCCGUCGAUGCGACCACCACAAAUGUGCAUAGAGAAGUUUUAGCGAACGCGAGGUAAACCAGCGAUCCUGCGCGUCGGCGGCGGCGAGCUGUGGGACGACGCCUUUCGCGCAGUUGAUAAUUCGAAUUUUAAACGGGGAACCAGC